GUCUGCGCUGCGCUGCGAGGCUCGGUGGGGUUUUGGAUUUGCUCCUCCCCUUCCCUACCUCCCUGCAUUCUGAGUGGCGGAGAAGAAGAGGACCAGUUGGAGUCCGCAUCUGUGUGCACUGGCUGCCGCAGGGCCCAGCAAGCAGGUGGAGCUCAGCCUCCCACGGAGCAUUGGGCGGUGGACCGCAGUGACGCGGCCUGAGACAUGGCGGCCACGCGCCUCUGAGGCCGCAGAACCGGAGCCUCUUGCUGCGCGAGUUGCCCCUUGACCAUGCAGCUUGGCUGCUGACUGCCCGGGCGUGUGGCCCGGAGGAUCCCGGCUGCGGUCAUCACCUUGCAGUCUCCAUGCUGCAGGGUAUAUCCCUCCCAUAUUCCAUGUAUUCCUCCUCAGUGCUUCCGGCCGUGUAGCCGCAGCUGCCGGCCGGGCCUCAGGGCGCUCUGCCUAUUCAUCAGGCACUUUUCUUUUCCAUUUUUAUUUCCAUUCCUAUUUGCUUCUCCCUUUCCCUUCUGCUUUGCGUCUAUCUCCGCCACUCCGCUAUGGCCGCAGAAGAGGCGCUGAAGACGGUAGACCAAUAUAAGACUGAAAUAGAGAGACUGACUAAGGAGCUCACAGAAACGACCCAUGAGAAGAUCCAGGCUGCGGAGUAUGGGUUGGUGGUGCUGGAGGAGAAACUGACUCUCAAGCAACAGUAUGACGAGCUGGAGGCCGAGUAUGACGGUCUCAAACAAGAGCUGGAGCAGCUCAGAGAGGCAUUUGGGCAGUCCUUCUCUAUCCACCGUAAAGUAGCUGAGGAUGGAGAGACUCGGGAGGAAACACUUCUUCAGGAGUCUGCAUCCAAGGAAGCUUACUAUCUAAACAAGAUCUUGGAGAUGCAGAAUGAGCUGAAACAGAGUCGGGCUGUGGUUACAAAUGUCCAGGCAGAAAAUGAGAGGCUCUCGGCCGUUGUACAGGAACUGAAAGAGAACAAUGAGAUGGUGGAGCUACAGAGAAUACGAAUGAAAGAUGAAAUCCGAGAAUAUAAAUUCCGGGAGGCCCGACUCCUCCAGGACUACACAGAAUUGGAAGAAGAAAAUAUCACAUUGCAGAAACUAGUGUCCACAUUGAAGCAGAACCAGGUUGAAUACGAAGGCUUAAAGCAUGAAAUUAAGCGAUUUGAAGAAGAAACAGUAUUACUGAAUAGCCAACUAGAAGAUGCCAUUCGACUGAAAGAGAUUGCAGAGCAUCAGUUGGAAGAAGCCCUUGAGACACUGAAGAAUGAAAGAGAGCAAAAGAACAACCUGAGGAAGGAGCUGUCCCAGUACAUCAACCUCAGUGAUAACCACAUCAGCAUCUCAGUAGAUGGGCUCAAGUUUGCUGAGGAUGGAAGUGAGCCAAAUAAUGAUGACAAGAUGAAUGGGCAUAUCCAUGGGCCUCUUGGGAAACUGAAUGGAGACUAUCGUACUCCCACUACCAGGAAAGGAGAGUCCCUACACCCUGUGUCUGACUUAUUCAGUGAGUUGAACAUUUCAGAAAUUCAGAAAUUGAAGCAGCAGCUUAUUCAGGUAGAGAGGGAAAAAGCUAUUCUACUGGCCAACCUCCAGGAGUCACAAACCCAGCUAGAACACACCAAGGGGGCGCUGACAGAGCAGCAUGAGCGAGUGCACCGGCUCACAGAACAUGUCAAUGCUAUGAGGGGCUUGCAAAACAGCAAAGAGAUCAAGGCUGAGCUAGAUUGUGAGAAGGGCCGGAACUCAGCGGAGGAAGCCCACGACUAUGAGGUGGACAUCAAUGGCUUAGAGAUCCUUGAGUGCAAAUAUAGAGUGGCCGUCACAGAAGUCAUUGAUUUGAAAGCAGAAAUUAAGGCCUUAAAGGAAAAAUAUAAUAAAUCUGUAGAAAAUUAUACAGAAGAAAAGACCAAAUAUGAGAGUAAGAUCCAAAUGUAUGAUGAACAAGUGACAAACCUUGAGAAGACAUCUAAGGAGAGUGGUGAGAAGAUGGCCCACAUGGAGAAGGAGUUGCAAAAGAUGACUGGCAUAGCCAACGAAAAUCACAACACCCUUAAUACAGCCCAGGAUGAGUUGGUGACGUUUAGUGAGGAACUAGCCCAGCUUUACCACCAUGUGUGUCUGUGUAAUAAUGAAACUCCCAAUAGAGUCAUGUUGGACUACUAUAGACAAAGCAGAGUUACUCGAAGUGGCAGCCUCAAGGGGCCUGAUGAUCCCAGAGGGCUUUUGUCACCAAGAUUAUCCAGGAGAGGUGUGUCAUCCCCUGUAGAAUCAAGGACAUCAUCUGAACCAGUUUCAAAGGAAAAUACAGAGACUAGUAAAGAGCCAAGUCCAACUAAGACUCCCACAAUCUCUCCUGUUAUUACUGCCCCACCAUCAUCUCCAGUUUUGGAUACAAGUGAUAUUCGCAAAGAGCCAAUGAAUAUCUACAACCUCAAUGCCAUAAUCCGGGACCAAAUCAAGCAUCUGCAGAAAGCAGUGGACAGGUCCUUACAGCUGUCUCGUCAAAGAGCAGCAGCCCGAGAGUUGGCCCCCAUGAUUGAUAAGGACAAGGAAGCGUUAAUGGAAGAGAUUCUCAAACUGAAGUCCUUGCUGAGUACCAAACGGGAGCAGAUUGCCACACUGAGGGCAGUGUUGAAAGCCAAUAAGCAGACAGCUGAAGUGGCUUUAGCUAACCUGAAGAACAAAUAUGAAAAUGAAAAGGCAAUGGUUACUGAAACAAUGACAAAACUGAGGAAUGAGCUAAAGGCUUUGAAAGAAGAUGCUGCAACCUUCUCAUCCCUGAGAGCAAUGUUUGCAACAAGAUGCGAUGAAUAUGUCACACAGUUGGAUGAGAUGCAGAGACAGUUAGCAGCUGCAGAAGAUGAGAAGAAGACUCUAAACACUUUAUUGCGAAUGGCUAUCCAGCAAAAACUCGCCCUGACACAGAGACUGGAGGACUUAGAGUUUGACCAUGAGCAGUCCCGACGCAGCAAAGGCAAACUUGGAAAGAGCAAGAUCGGCAGCCCUAAAAUUGUCAGCAGCCUGCUGCCUCCGUACCGCCACAGUGCUCACAACUAGCUGGGAGGCAAGACUACCCAACUGUCAGUCCGGACAUUGCCCUCAGUAAGGAACAGCCACAUUCCAGCUCACAGUGUGCACCUCUUCAUUGUCUCACCAAGCCUCCUUAUCCCUAGUCUUCAUCUCUCAUGGAUGAAUAUCUGGACUGAAGGUUUUUAGCCACAGUGAGGGCACUGCCUAAGAUCUAGCAGGUGUUUUCUUCUUGGAUGUUAGAUGUACAUGUGGAUUCCAGUCCAUCAUUUGUGAAGCGUAAAGAGAGUUCAGAAGAAUAAAAUGAUGCAUAGACCUUUGUGUGAUCAAUUUCUGGUUUCUCUGAAUCACAGAUGACCUGCAAUCAAAUGGCAACAGUUCACUUGAAACUGAAAUGAAACAUGUAUUUCGGAUAGUUGGCUUCACCUCCAUAGCAUAAAAGAGAUCCAAGACAAUGUAAAAUAGAUAUGCUGUAAAAUCAUCUUUCCCUAUACUCCAAAGUCAGCUAUAGAUGUUGAUUCUAAUAAUUUUCAUUGAUACUUACUUUAUAUUCUGUAUGGUUUAUGUUUAUAAAGAUAAUUUCUGUAAGCAGAAUUCAUUUAUUUUUAAAGAGUCAUAGUUUACUUAGUUAUUUAAAGUUUUAAUUUGGUUUAAAAUCUGAAACUGGACAGAUUCUGAUCCUUUUUAUUGCAGAAAAUUGCAAAUGAGGUGCAUCAGAAUGUUAACAAUAACUGUUUUGCUGCUACAUAAAUAUUCUUUGUGCAGUUAUUUUCUAAUCAGUAACUCAUUAAUUGUCAGUUAUUUUUUUACUAGGUUUCUUCACUAAACAUUUAUUAAGUAAAUCUAAGAAAGAGGCAAAGCUAUGAUUCAUUGACUUAAUCAAGUUUUGAGGGUAUCUUUAAUUUUUUAAAAUUGCAGUUGAGUAGAUAGACAUAUUGGUGCUGCUCCUGUGUGUGUGUGUGUGUGUGUGUGUGUGUGUGUGUGUGUGUGUUCGUAUUUAAGAAGGACAAAUUACUUGAAGGAAAGAAAUGGUGUGCUUAUUUAAUGACUACAAAUUUUUUAAACUUUUCCAAAUUUAGGGUCUUACUAUGGGUUUCCCACUAAAAGGGAUCACAAUAAAUGCAAAAAUAUAUACAUAUAUAACUGUAAGGUAGCCUUGGCUAGUUAUUUUAUGUAGAAAGUGUAUGUUUUGUUGUUUGUUUUCUUUUUUCACAAUGAAUCUUCCUUGCCAAAAAAAAAAAAAAAAA